AUAGCUCAAUGAUUAAAUACUUUGAACACUAAACGAUACUUCCAAAAGAAUAAUCGCCACUAAUUCAAUGCUCACAUCUGCAGGGCCACUUUCAAUUAAAAAAUUAGCCUCUGCUGAACCAGGUUAUUGUCCUUGGGUUCUGAGUUUUAUAUUUCUCUGAUAGUCUAUUACAGUUAGCGAGCAAACAGCAUCCACCCAUUUUUGAUAUGACAUGAUGGUGUGUGUCAUUUCUCCUUGCUAACUGUACAGGCUUCACUGUGACAAUUACUCCCAUAAAUAGGCACUAAAAAUAACAACAAAAACUGUGUUUAUGAGACAUAAUUGCAUAAAGGUUUCAAAUUCCUAUUUAUACUGGCUACAUAUUGUGUCUCUAAAUCAAACAAUGUAAAUUAUGUAUAAAUAAGUCAUGUGGUUUACACAAAGAACUCAUUCUUUGGACAAGUAUUUGACUUUGUACAUGUCAAUUAAUAGUUUUCUAUCAAACCUGCAAACUUUUGGGGUUGUGGGGUGGAUUUAACUGUCAGAUAUCCAUCUACAACUGCAUUAUUGUCCAAAUUUUGCUGUACCAGACAAUUCCUCCAUGUCAAUUACUUCAAAAGUAUAUACAAAUAUAUACAAAUUUAAUGACCUGUCAUUGUCCUUUUUAAUUUUUCUAGCACAAACAGCUGCUCCCACUACCGGACCCACAGGCUGUGCAGGUCCACCAGUGCUGUGCUGCUCUGGUCAAAACCUCACCUGCUUCAGGGGCUGUUUCUGUGACGAGUUCUGCGUAACAUUCAGCGACUGCUGCGCAGACCACAGGUCAACCUGCGCGCCUUUGACCCCUGCACCGCAAAGCAGAUUUAGCACAUCAGGAGGCACUACUACAUCUACAGUGGCACCCACCACAACAAGCAGCAGUAGAACACCUGCACCACUGAAAGUGAGCAGCACCUCAGCAUCCAUAACGUCUGCUACUACGGCAACCAGCCAAACGAGCAACAGUGCGGAAGCUACACCAGCAGAUAACGGCACUGCUUUAUCAGUCUCUGUGACGACAGCACGCAGCGCAACAAACAGCAACACUGCCUCCACACUUGCAGAUGUCAGGACAACUUCAGCCUCCGCAGGCUCAAAUACAACGGCGCCCAAUAUAACAGGCACCACUGUGACACCUACACUGACAGAUGUGAAUACAACAUCUGCAUCCACAUUCUCUGCGACUACAGAAACCAUCCAGACGAGCAGUAGAACACCGUCACCCGCAGAUAACGGCACAAUUUCAUCAGUCUCCGUUCCGACAGCGCCCAGCAACCAAAGCAGCAAUGAUACAUCUGUGCCAGCACAUGUGAGUACAACUACAGUAAACACAGUCUCCACAGCUACAGCAGACAGCACAACCAACAGCAACACUACCCUGACGCUGGCCUCCACACUCUCUAAUACACCAAACAGUGAUUUACCUACACCAACAGAUGUCAGCCCAUCACCAUCGACAACCACUGCUGCUACAGCUCCCUACACAACAAACAGCAGUACACCUACACAGACAAACAGCAGUACAUCUACACAGACAAACAGCAGUACAUCUACACAGACAAACAGCAGUACAUCUACACAGACAAACAGCAGUACAUCUACACAGACAAACAGCACCACAGCGUCAUCGCCCACAGUCUCUGCAACAGCAGCGCGCAGUACAACGUCAAGGACUACACCAGCAUAUGGAGCCAGAGCUUCAGAAUCCACACUCUCUACAGGUACAGCAGGAACAACACAGCCAGGGACUCUGGGAACUAGUAGUGUCACGUCUUCACCAGCAGAUGGAAGCACAUCUGAAGUUUCCAACAAGAGCACAGAUUCCCAGACCACCACCAGCUCAAAUGAAGAUUACCAAACAGUGACUGUUAUCCUGAGAGCUUCUGUCACAUCACAUAAUGAGGAAACUGAAGAUGUGAUUGCAGAGGCAUUGUCUGAUCUUGUAUACCGGGUCCUCCGGCAGGACUGUGAUGACUGCAAAGUGUCAAUCAAACACAUCACACUCACCUAACGAAGCACCUACACUCAAGAAAAUGGAUUAGCAUGCAUGUGGCUACAGCCGCAAUGCGAAGACAGUCUGCACAACUCUCAGGAUCAACCAAACCAUUAGUUGUAUCUAAAUAAACUGUUGAAGACGAUCAGAUUCUACUUCUAGUAACGUUGCACUCUGGUGGAAAACAAAGGCUGAUACUAACAAUUAUUUAGGUUCUUGACCGACUUCUUAUUUUUUUCAUGACCAAACCUAUAUAAAACCCAAAGAUGUCCAUUAUGUUCUCAUAGAAAAUUGUGGAAAAUAUUCAAACUUGAGAAGCUCUAUCCAUAGACAGACGGUUCAUUGAUUGUCAGAAGUGCUGCUGAUUGAUUGUCUGUCGUGUACUAAUCAUUUCGGCUCAACAGCAAAGCACAAACUAUCAAAAUGAGUCCACUUAAGCACAACAGAUUGACCAUAUUGAAAAUAUGCAGGUGUCACAUGACUUCCACUGCCUUGUGUCUGCGCUUCAGAUAUCAAAGAUAGUCCACUCUCCGGUCCUUAGUAUUACUUGAUCAGGUUGAGGACUCAUUUUAGGGCAGGGCUUAAAAACAAAACAGGCCAGAUUAGUUCCGACGGGACUAAAGCAACUCGAAUUUAAGCCACUAAAAAAUUGCCUAAAUGGAUCAAAUUUCAAACAACUCAAAGGUCCGCUGAAUGGCAGCAAACAGCUUCAUUAGGUGGAGAACAAGGCACAGAACAGGCCAAUGUCUACACCACGUCCACAAGGAGCUACGCGUCAGCGGCAUCCGCUUCGAAGACCGAACGAGGUCAACGUGAAUAGAUUGUUAUAGAUUGUUAUAUAUUGUUAUUUCAAACACGAGGAGAGAAAAGAAACCAGCGAGCCAAGAAGCGGGCAGGGGAUUUGCUACAGACAUGUGACCCACCUUGUUCGACGCGGAGGCCCAUUCCUCAUGUUCUUCAUGUUUCUCUCCCGGAGGAGAAGUGCUCAAGUUUCCAUCGUCACCAUGAGGCGUCGACAUCCACAAGUUUCACUUUGUGUGUCGCCAGACAACCGCUCAAAUCCUCUCCCCGUUGUUGGUACGGUCGGUCAACGUGACGUGUAAACACUGGAAAACAAACUGUCCGCUGGUUUGUGUAAACGUUGUAUUCUUCAACUCGGUGCCACUGUGGUCUCCUUCUCAGAACUGCUCCAGAGACGAGCACACUCCUGAGUCAUCAUUUCAUAAUGAGCUGCACCUGUGUGUGCAGCUCAUUAUGUGCAAUGUCCUCUUUGACCAGUCCGAUUCUCUGACGUGUAGCAGCCCUUCCGUCCAAGAGGGGGCGCUGUUUCACUCAUUUGAGGAAGUCACUGAAACUUUUCCUUUUUUUUCUUAUUUGUGAUAUUUUUAAAUAUUUUUACCAAAAUGGUAGUUAUAGCUUAUUUAUACUCUUUGUGCUACUUAAACACUGGCACAUCUCCCGAGAGAAAAUGCCACGUAAUCAAAGCUAAUUUAUUAAUUCAGAUCGAUGAACGAUUAAACUAUACCAGUGCCUUCUUCUGCUGUGUGACACAGUUCACUGUUGCUUCCAUGCCAGUCUUCUCUCCUGCAAUCCUGGGCAACGCUUUGUCUUUUUAGAAAAAAAAACACGAGACAAAAUUAUAUGUAAAUGUCUAUUUUUAUUGUGUAGCUCAAAUGAUAGCUUCUGGUGCCGUCCAAACAGGUCGUGUCAUCUCAACAGACUGCAAUUAUAUAUUAGUCGUAUCCAAUGUGGCCCCAAGUGUGCAGCAGCACUUAAUCCACAGCAGUAGAUGGCAGCACAAUCUCAGCAGCCACAGUGUCUGCUCCCACAUCCACUGGCAUCAGGGAAACACUGGGACAUGAGAGCAUGACUUCAACAUGCAGUCUUUCAUGAUGAACCUUUUUCCAAACUUGCCUUUGUUGAAAUACUUUUUUUUUCUCUCACUGCUGAAAAUUUUGUGGCAGAUCUUUGUAUUAUUCCAUUUUUUCGAAUGUAGGUUAGUUUGUAGGGUUUGUAAUAAUUCUCAUUAGAGAUGUUACUGCCGUGGCACUGCAUGCAUAGGUACAAGUCUGGAUCCUAGCAGUGUUACAUAUUUAACAGCAGAUGGCAGCGCAUCUACAGUUUCCCCCCAAAGGCCAAAUUCCAAAUCCACCAUCAGCUCAUCAUCACACUGAGAAAGUUUACAAACAGUGACAAGUUUGUCUGAGUCAGAGUUAUUGUCAACACUGCACACAUUUUCAUUGUCACACUUCUCUCAUCAGAUUACUCAUCAACGACAUUUCUCCUUAAUGUCCGUUUUCACCCAUGAGGUGAAAAACCAAGAUGUGAUUUUUCGAAGUUUGAUCCAAUCAUUGUUCAUAAAAUCUGGAAUUAAGCAUUAAGCAAAAUAGAAUCACAGCAUCACAAGGAGUCAAUCUGUCAUAUAGUGUUAUAGUGUUGCUGGUGCAUUUUUCCUUGUGUCUUCAGCGUGUGUUGUUUCUCACACAUCAAACCAAUAUCUAAGAAUUGGACAAAUAAAAAAAUCAGCCAAUGGCCAGCCAUCAUUGUGUUCACAGCUGAGAGAACAAAGUGUUCAACCUUUUUUGAGAAUUGCUGAAUAUCGUAAAAGAUGCACCAACAGACAUUUAGCUAUUAGAAGACGUCUCAUCAGCAUGAGGAAAAUAACAGGUUAUGGAAAAUCUGUUAUGAAAACAUUAACUGGCUCAACGCACGGCUUGACCCCUCCGAGGCUCUGCAUCACAAUUAAAAUUUGAGAAAUACAUAAGAAAUGAUGACAUAAAAUGUAUACAACAAACAUCUACAUUUCAAGAUUUCCAAAUAUAAAAAUCAAACAUGCAUGAAAAAACAAGAAGGUAUACUGAGCGGUUCUAUGGUUGCCCGUGUUGUAUUACAUUCUGGAAAGACUUUGAAAAUGAUAUAUGUCUCCCAAAGAACAGGAUCAUCACUGAAAAGAAAACUACUAUCACUUACUAUGAAAGUAAGGAUAACAAUCUAUGCAAUAUUGUUUAUAUUCCAUAUCCAUAAAGCUCUUUCUUAACUCAACCCCAUCGUUUAAGUUGUUGAUGAAACUGAAUUUCACUUUGAGUCUUUCAAACUUUUAACUAAAAAAGAAAUCCUUGUUCGUAAUUAAAAUUAACUCCGAAAUGUUUGUCUGCACAAA